AUGCCACUUGACGGAGUGAAAAAUAUUGUGCUGGUGCUAUCCGGCAAAGGAGGCGUUGGAAAAUCCUCCGUAACCCUCCAACUCGCCCUCGCCCUCACUCUACAGGGCAAAUCAGUCGGCAUCCUCGACAUCGACCUCACAGGCCCCUCCAUCCCUCGCCUCGUCGGCAAAGAAGAUGCCAAAAUCACACAGUCGCCGCGUGGCUGGAUACCGGUCCAAGUCUAUCCCUCCAACACUAUCAAAGAUGAAGAAGGAAAUGCACAAACACGUGGAUCGUUGCGGUGUAUGUCUGUUGGAUUCUUACUCCGUGAUCGCGGAGAUGCGGUGAUUUGGCGGGGACCGAAGAAGACGGCUAUGGUGAGGCAGUUUUUGACGGAUGUUUAUUGGGGGGAGACGGAUUAUUUGCUUGUUGAUACACCUCCGGGCACAAGUGACGAACAUAUCGCCAUCGGCGAAAGCCUAUUAACAAUGGCAUCUACCUCACGCACCACCGCCACAGCCUCAAAAAUCUCCUACCUCGCCGGCGCAGUGCUAGUCACAACCCCCCAAGCCGUCGCAACCUCCGACGUACGCAAGGAAAUCAAUUUCUGCUUCAAGACUCAUAUCCCUAUCCUAGGAGUUGUCGAGAAUAUGUCCGGCUAUACAUGCCCUUGUUGCGGAGAAGUUAGUAAUCUAUUUUCUCGUGGUGGUGGUGAGGUCAUGGCUGCAGAGAUGUCCAUUCCGUUUUUGGGACGGGUCCCGGUUGACGUUAAGUUUGGGCAGCUUGUGGAGAGUCAAAAAAUAGGUGAUGAUGGUGUCGAUAGUGAUGCUGAUGAAGAGGAAGAGGAAGAUGCAGAGAUGCAAAAGAAUCCGUUCGAGGAUGAUGAGAGAUUACUUGUGGAAAAGUAUAAGGAUUGCUGGUCACAUCCUAUUUUUGAAGGGUUUACAAAGGGCCUUUUAAAUAAGAUUGAAACGGGGUCGGGGUAA